AAGUUUAUCGAGCCUGUACGCCAUUGUGAUGUCGUGCGUGGGCGCCGCUGCUGCAGCCAGCGGUCGUCAGCUGCAGCCGUCGCGCUGCUUGCUGCUGCUUCAUCCGCAGCUCCUCAGGUCGCUCUUGUGCGCCUCUCUGCGCUGUGAUGAGACGGAGAAACAGUGGUCACGGAAAGCUGAGUCAGUGCUGCUGGUGCUGCUGAGCAGCGAGCAUACGAUGGGGGACGCCCUGUGGCGGCGGCUGUGCUUCAACAUCUCCGUCGUAUGGCCCCUCGCCAGCGCCCUCACUGAUACCUUCGGUGCUCCACUGCUCAACGUCCGUCUUGCCUUCACCGCGGCCUGCACCAGUGAACACGACAUCCGCUCCAGCAACCAAAUCGAAUUACUUUGCGAUCUGCAAAGUCUGUACCACCGCACCGACGCCGUCCGCUGGGAGGCGUUCGCCCGACUGACGGAGAGGCUGCGGACGGCGGACGCUCGCUCUGCAGGAGGCCACUACAGAGCCUCCCUUGCCCCCGACCUCUUCCUCUUCCCCCCCGUGCCUCUCGUGCCAGACCACCACCAUAUUCAAGUCCAGCCUCAGCAAGUGCUGAGACUAACAGAGCUGUUGAAUUUAUCAACACGUCUGGCCAUGACGUCGAGUUUGGCUGGUGGCGCUGAGCAGCAGGAUGAGAGGAUGGUGAGCGCCAUGUGGCGGCAGUUGUCGUACCUCAGUCAGCACCCCGACCACUGCACCGUGCUGCUCAGCACCACACCUCUGCACUGCUACACUCAUGUACUCACACUCAUGAUGACAGAAGAAAGACACAGGUUUUCGUUCCGCGACGCCGGAUGUUGCCUGGAGGUGCUGAGGAACUGCGUGGCGCACAAGCCUGCCUGCAGACGAGCGCUCGCCGCCGACACCCAAGCCAUCGAACUCGUCGCCAGAGCAUCAUUUCUGCUUGCGGAUGAUCAUCAAGCUCUGCAGCAUGGGGCCGUGCUACUCUUCAUGCUUUUGUGUGAACCUCACAUCAUCUAUAGUACCCGGACUUCUUCUAACACUUCUUCUUCUGCAAGAAGUCAACAUUCGUCUACGCCUGGCGUCUCCUCCGACAUGGCCAGUUUUGCGUCGAUGGAAGAUUCGUCUACAGGAGUUCAUAUGAACCUCCCCGCCGUGCCGCACAUAAUCAGUCGGAAGCUCCAUCUUCCCUUCCUGCAUUCGGUUCUGAGUGCUGAAGAUUGUGCGGUCUUUGAUCACAACCGCGUUUUUGUAAACGAUUUAAUGUCUAUACGGGAUCCAGCAACUAGUAGGCCUCCCUUGAAUCGAGAACAGAGUUCCAGAUCUCAUCUUGGAUCUCCUGAAAACAUUUUUGCUAGUAAUGAAAGAACUGUUGAAGCAAUCGAACGAGCACCAGAACCUAGCGUUAAUGAUGUUAGAUGUCUUCUAAAGGAAGCCUGCAGGCCCGCUCUAGUUAUUCAGGAACUUCUCUCCGACGCAGAAAAUGAUGGCUGUUCUGAACUCGUCCAAGGAUUCUUCAAGAUGGUCUGGAGUGUGUGCAGCGCUGGAAGCAUAACUAAAGUUCGUCUGGAAGUCGAUUAUUCUUCAAAUUUCAGUGAAUUUUUUACCAUGACCGGUAAAGAAAAAAUACUUUUCGAAUCCAUGCUUCCAGAAUUGACCCUGAAAGGCUUAUUACUUGACGUCGAUAACGGCACCAACUUGAAAGUGGUCAAGAAGAAGUUGUGCCUGAUUGAAAACUGCUUGACUGUGCACUUGAAACCUUGUAUUUAUACAUUUUCACACACGCAAGAGAGAAACUCGAAAAGCAUAGAAAACCGUACACCCUUCACUCCCUUCAUGCUCAGUGAAUCUUGGUGGUUGGUUCUAGGAAAGUUCAUGACUAAAAAUGUCCCGAGCACGAUUGCUGAGCAACAGUUGUUUUGUCACGCCGUCGCUGUGCUGAGUCUUGUCUUGCAAGGUUUGCUGACAACGGACAGCCUUGCCUCUGAGUCAUCAGUUGUGUCAGGACUGACGAGUGUUUUACUGAUGCCGCAUUCCGUCAUCUGCUCUACGCUCCUAACUGCAGGCACCCGCGAUUGGAGCGAGAGCGCCUCUGCUGCAGACCAGGUUUGGUUCCGGGUGUUCACCAGCUUGGUGUCGCUCAUACUACUGUUGACAAGAAGAGAUAAACUUCCCGGUGUCGAAGCCCCCGGCGACCAGCAGCAAGCUCAUCCUCAAGCUGAAGAGUCGCCUGCACGUAGCCCUGGGGAGCGUCUGGGUGCUGUGCUGUCGAAAGUCUUCUCGAAUGUUAUCCAGAAAGCUUUAUUUAAAAAUCCUUUCAGUUUGGGAGUUCUGUGCUGCAGCAGCGCAUGCCUGGCGCGCCUGGCUGCCGCAGGCUGGUUGGCUGCUCCUGAUGCAGCUUCCUCCGUCUUACGUCAGAGCAUCGCUCUGCUGACGUGGUUGUCUGAGGGCCGCAGCCACUCGAACGAAGCGUUCCUGGGCCGCUGCUCAACUCUGCACGCCGCCGUCACGCUCUGCCACACCCUCGCCCACACUCCUCAUAUGCAGCAGGUGCUGCCGAGUCUGACAACUCCCCCCGACGCUGCACAUCGUCAGCGUCGGCCACGGCUGCCGUGGCUGCCGGUGACGCUGAGUCACCGCGACCGAGUGGUGCGCAGCAGCGGCUGGCUGUCCCUGGCCGCGCUGGCCAAACGGCCCGCUGCCCUCAACUUCUUGCUGCGCUCUGCCCAUGGCCGAGUUGAAAUCUGGGACGCUCUUUUUACAUGCAUAACGUCUGAGCAUCGCCCAGUGAGUGAGCGCACGGCCGCUUGUCUCUUCUUCGCCCACCUGGUCGCUGUUCUGCCAGCUCUUGCUGCCGGCGAGGGUGUCGGUCAGGGUCCUGAGGAUAGUAAUCCUGACGAGGGAACUGAUGACCCGCUGCCUCCUCUAGUAGUCGACACAGAGACACAGGCGAGCGUGAAUGGUGCUGCAGGCGUCCUGGUGAUGGCCGAACACCACAGCCUCUACAGGAGCCUCCUGUCGACCAUCUCACGUCCUCUACUCCUCGCCCCGCCCUUGAACCCGGCGCCCUGCAGCGCCUUCUUGUCUCCGCGCCUCCUGCGAGCUGUGCUCCUUCUGCUCAAGAAUCUCGUGGCGCUGCGUCCCCGCGCUGUCUCCUACAGGAUCGUCGAGGAAGGCCUUGUGCCGUUCAUCAUCACGCAUAUUGAGGAACUGUGUACAGCUCUCUGCUCGCCCGCUGCUGGGUCCUGUGCUGAGUCUUCCUCGGUGUGGACGAGCUGCCUGCAGAGCGGUGCGGGGCUCCUUGUAGCUCUGCAGCAUCCCUGCCUAACCUCCUCUGCUAGAGACUCUUCUCUUCCAGACGCUCUCAUGCUCCUGCUUUCUUCUGAUAAGUGGCCCGGCGACGCAUGUGUCACCGCUGUCCUGGAGCUGCUCUCGGUCUUGACGGACUGGCGGGGCGAUGGUGAUUUCUGCGGAAAUUUUGAUCCCGUGCAAAACUCCAGGCACAAUGAGCGCAAUCCGAGCCCUGCCGGCGACGAGGAAAAAUUGCAGCAUCAUUACUGGGGCUGUCUCCGUGUAGUGUCGAUGUUGGAGUCGCAACAUGGAAACUUGUUUGUUCCACUCAUACGCGCAUUGCAUGUAACCUCUCAAAAACCAAAGUCUUCUACCAUGGGUUCCCCGUCAAACCUUUCUACAUCGUGGAAUUCAGUAACUCCUGAUGCUACCUCGUCUUCCAAUCCGGCAUUAGAACAAUGUUACUCUACGGCUCCUGCGUCAUGGGAGGAAGCAAAUAUUGAUUAUUGCGCUCGUUGUAGGCAAAUAAUGUCUCGGGUUGGUGUGGAAAAGUCUCGUCUAGUGCUGAGCUCUUCAGCUUCUUGCUUCGUGACGCUUCUUGUGAGCGGCCUCCUCCAGUACCGCUGUCUGGGCACACACGGUACAGCGCCUCCUCUCCUGGUCCUCACCAAUGCUUUGGAUGAACCGAUGAUGCUAUCAUCGGGAGAGACUGUGUAUGCAGGCUACGAGUUGGCUCGGCACCUUAUCCAUUUGAUCUCCAUGAUAUUUUCUCCGCUGGCAUCCAACGUGCCUCCUUCGACCUUGUCAACUAAACCUGACUGUGCCGCCAAGAAAUGUUCUUGUCGCCACGCCGAGACAUGGCACGGCGCACAGUACAUGGAGUGCCUUAGUCAGCUGGCUGUCGUCAGCGAGUGCGCACGUUACGCUUGCCGUCACCUCGGCCUCAUACUGUGGCCUCCUCUCAUCAAGCCUUUGGAAGAACUGCCUGUCAUUAUUCAGAAGAAGUCUGUUCAUCUAACUGCCAACUUGCUCACUGAUAAGGACACGCGGAUCGCUGCAUCACAAGUCUGUCGAUGCCUUCGCUUGCUCACGAACGUGCUGAGCGUUUCCGACGAUGCGCGUAACCAUAAGAGGAAAGAAUCACCGAGCGUCAACUGCGUGCAUCCUGUUGGGAACCAUAAUGAAGGAUAUAAAUCUCCUCGCAAUUUGGCGGGAGCUGUAGGUGGGGAUAUCAAUGUUAACCUUCAGCUUGGUGCUAGAGGAAAUUUGAGUAAAGCAGCUAUUAAUGGUGCUAGAAAUGCUAGCGCUAGAGAACAUUCUGAUGGCCAUCAGGUCUUUAGUCGUCCUGGAGACGCAUGGGAUGGUGAAGGAGAUGAUCUGGAGAAAUUGGUUCUCCCCUUGAUACAUCAGAUGUGGUUACCAUCUCUACACACGCCUCAACUCUUGCGACACGUCCUGCUGCUCUUGGUUGCCUGCACCGGAAGAACUUUGGUGACUGAGGGAAUGCUGCACUCGAGCGCCCUGCAAUGGUCACUGUUGUCGCCGCAGCGCAGCAGUCGGCCGCUGCUGACGUGCGUCGCACACCUCGCUCUCCAGAACGUCAAUAACUUCCUCAAAAACCUUCCUAGCCGCGCUAGUAAACGUCCUGACAAAGCCGCUCAAAGAAGAGAGCAAAGCUCUCCCAGUACCCCUUCUCCUACACCCUUUGUGCGGGGUGCCAACACUACCCUGCUGGGUGGGUGGGUGCCUGUGCCCGACUCCACCACCCUCCUGGCCCUGUAUGUCCUCACCCAUUGCGCCCGUGCCCCAGAGGGCGCCUCCGCCAUUGCUAAGCUUGGUGGACUAGUGAAUUCACUGAUCCGUGCGUGCGGCGCGUGUAGCCCUGACGGCUGCGACAUCCAAGAGGCCGUCCUCAAACUCCUGCUGCUGCUCUCCCUGCACCCUGGCCCGCGUGCCCUCAUCGUCAAGUGCCCUGACUGGGUAAGGUGCCUGCACAGCGGCCUCACUAUUGGCGGGUCUCCGCUGAACCCGAGCGCCUUGCGCCUCCUGACCAGCCUCACUGCCGCCCCUGGCGCCGUGUCGUCUAUCCUCGCUCACGGUGGCUUGUUGAAGGACUUGGUGGAGGCAUUGUCAGAGUUGUGCGCCUACGAUGACGAGACCGACGACGCUGACCAGUUAGAUGGCUCGAGGGCGGUGUUAGUUCAAUACUCGGCCGGCUACUGCCUCCUGGUGCUGUUGUGGGCCCUCGCGGCUUCAGGGCACCGAGCGCUGCUGCCGCUGCGUCGUUUGGGGGCCUUACCGCUUAUGCGCCACCUUCAGGAGACUCUCCGAGAACAAUCUGAAGUCCUCAAUAAGCUGAUAUUUUUAUUAAAUGAGUAAUCGCGGUCUCAUAAAUAAUAAAGACCCAUCUCAUAAUAAAGAUCUCUUUAUUCUGUUCAGAUGGAAAACAAGGUUCUGUUGUUCAUACAAAACAAUUUUUUUCUGUAGCAAAUCCUCUUCUUCUAUGCUGAAAACUUCUGGGCUAAGAAAGUAUCAAAGUUUCGCUGAUGAGUUUUGUUACUGCCGUACAUGAUCUUGGGGCUACGUCUGUUUUCUCGCCACAAAAUCUAUGGCAGACAUGGACUUCCUGUCGUUUAAGUUACAUUUGUGUAGUUCGAAGUCCCCUGGAUUGAUCUCAUGCACAGAAUAUUGACGCAUUUAUAAUGUCACUGUCUGCUAAAGCAUGCAGUGGGGUUUUGACGUGGUAACGCCUUGUAGCUUAUGUUAAGCACUCCCGUAAAUUUAAUAAAGCUGCUCAAGUCGAAAUAUAUUAACCAUAAGGAUGUAGCGUAUUCUAACACGCCAUGUAGUAGCGCUAUUCUAAAACCAAAGAUGGCUUGCCAAGUUACCUCUACUAAACCGGCUCAAUGUUGCUUUAAAGUAUUCAUUUUGUGGGAUUUCGAGGACCUGGCGUUAAGCUUUAUGUCAUAUAAGCCUGAAAGUGAUGAUUUUAAUAUUUGUUGGUUAUAUUUUUGUACGACGGUGAUUUUACCUCCUAAGUCCGCGGCCUUCUAAAUUUCAAUAAAACAUUGUGUUGAGUAAA